AUGACAUCGCAACCGUCACUUCUCUCCGCAACGGCUAAGCUCAACAAUGGCCUCAUCAUCCCCCGUGUACAGCUCGGCCUCUACAUGAUGUCCACCAAGGAAGCCACCGAUGCAGUCCGCCAAGGCCUUCUGACUGGGUACCGCGCAUUUGACUGUGCGCAAAUGUACCGAAACGAGCGUCAGGCUGGUAAAGCUAUCAGUGACUUCCUCGCUAGUAGCGAGAACAAGUCCGAUUUGAAGCGCGAAGAUAUCUGGUACACUUCCAAGCUUGCCAGCUGCGACGACUCGUACGAUGUGGUGAGGCGAUCGGUGAAGAAGUCAGUGGAGGCUUCGGGCUUGGGAUACAUCGAUCUAUUCCUUCUACACAGCCCUUACGGCGGAAAGGAAGCGAGACUCACUAGCUGGAAGGCUCUUGAGGAUGCCAUUGACGCGGGUGAAAUUCGUGCUGCCGGGGUGAGCAACUUUGGUUCUGGUCAUAUCGAGGAGCUGAUGGCCUCAAACCCUCGCAUCCCCCCUGUCAUCAACCAGAUCGAGGUUCACCCCUUCAACACCCAAGAAGGCAUCCGCGCCACCUGCGCCAAGUACAACAUCGCCAUCGAAGCUUAUGCCCCUCUAGCCCGCGCCGAGCGCAUGGAUCACCCUGCCAUCCUCGACAUGGCCAAGAAGUACUCUGUCACUCCAGCCCAAAUAUUCGUCAAGUGGGGUCUCCAGCAUGACUUUAUUACUUUGCCCAAGUCUACUAAGCAGAAGCGCAUGAUCGAGAAUGCAAGUGUCGAUGGAUUUGAGAUUUCAGAAAGCGAUAUGAAAGCGUUGGACGCUUUGGAUGAGCACUUGGUCACUGACUGGGACCCUACCGAUGCGCCGUAG